ACUACAUCACAUAGAGAACAUGACUACGUUUUCAAAUGUACCCCCAGGAUUUCGUUUCCACCCCACUGACGAAGAACUUGUGGACUACUAUCUUAGAAAAAAGAUAGCAUCAAGAAGGAUUGACCUAGAUGUCAUAAAAGAUGUUGAUUUGUACAAGAUUGAGCCGUGGGACCUUCAAGAGAAAUGUAAGAUAGGGACAGAAGAGCAGAACGAGUGGUACUUUUUUAGCCAUAAAGAUAAGAAGUAUCCAACUGGAACUCGCACCAAUAGGGCGACGGCAGCUGGAUUUUGGAAGGCAACUGGAAGGGACAAGCCAAUAUAUUCAAAGAACAACUUGAUUGGAAUGAGGAAGACCUUAGUCUUUUAUAAGGGUCGAGCACCAAAUGGUCAGAAGUCAGACUGGAUCAUGCAUGAGUAUCGGCUUGAAACAAACGAAAAUGGGACUCCCCAGGAAGAGGGAUGGGUGGUCUGCAGGGUGUUUAAGAAGAAAGUAACAGCUAUAAGAGGAGCGAGCGAGCAUGAGUCGCCAUGUUGGUAUGAUGAACAGUCCUCUUUCAUGCCAGAUCUAGAUUCUCCGAAGCAGAUAGCUCCGCAUCCCGACAUGGCCUACCAUCACCAUCUCUAUUCUUGCAAACCGGAGCAAGAUCUGCCCCACCUCAUGCCGAACGACUCAUUCCUUCAGCUCCCUCAGCUAGAGAGCCCCAAGCUUCCCAAUAAUGUCAACCAUGGAUGUGCUCUCCAGUCAUCUACAAUUAGGCCUGAAGAACCAAUACAACAUGGUCACCAGCUUCAGAUUAUCUCACUCUAUAACCCUAGUGGAGGCACUGAUCAGUCAGUGGAGCAAGUGACUGACUGGAGGGUUCUCGAUAAGUUUGUGGCAUCUCAGCUUAGCCAUGAUGAUCAUGUAUCCAAAGAACCGAACUACUCCAAUUCAGCCCAAGGCUUUCAUGUUUCUGACAAGCAAGAAGCCACAAUAGCAUAUGCUUCAACAUCCACCUCCAGUGGGCAAAUCAAUCUAUGGAAGUGA